AGUGGAAAGUUUUAUUUGUCAUAGGUCGGAGUGCGCGCUAAAUGGUCACGUAAUAUUCUAGUUUAUUGCUAUUACUUUAUAUAAAAGCUAUAAAUGAACAUGUUGUUUGACGAAUUGGAUCUAACUUUAGAUGAUUUUCGUGAAAUAGAACAUAUUGAAUCCCAAUUUCGUGAGACGGAGAGUCAUUCAAGUGAUAAUGAAGAGGUUAUUCGGUUUCCAAAUCGCCGUGCAAGGAAGCGCUGCAUAGUGCCAUCUGAUACUGAAGACGAAGAAGUCCUUGUACCCUCACCGUCAGAGUCUGGUUACACUCCAAAUACGGAAUGGCAUGAACCACAAGGUAAACAACCUAAGAUAAUACCUUACACUGAAAUUUCUGGUUUGAAGCCGAUGCAUUUGCGACACGCUUUAGCUGGCGGUCAACCUGGUGAUUUUUAUAAUUUGAUGGUACCAGAGGCUCUGUUAGAAGAUAUAGCUAGACAGACCAAUAUUUUUGCCAAGCAAGUUUUAUCUAAAAGUCGAUUAUCGCGGCAAUCCAGGCUACACUUGUGGAAGGACACUGAUAAAACAGAAAUCAAGAAAUUUUUUGGUCUUAUAAUUUGGAUGGGUUUGGUGAAAUUACCAAAACUGGCACUAUAUUGGUCUAAUAACCCAAUGUAUGCACAACCGUUCGCUAAAAAUAUUAUGAGCCGCAACAGGUUUGAAAUAUUACUGAGGAUGUUGCAUUUUUCUAAUAACGCGGAGGCUCGUGAUAAUGAUCGUUUAUGGAAAAUAAGCAAUCUUCUAAGUACCUUGAAUGCUAAUUUUGCUUACCACUAUACACCUAAUGAAUAUCUUUGUGUGGAUGAGAGCAUGAUUCCAUUUCGUGGUAGAGUAAUCUUUAGACAAUAUAAUAAGCAAAAACGCCAUAAAUAUGGUAUCAAACUAUUUAAAUUAUGUACUGUUCCCGGAUACACUUGGAAAAUUGAGGUUUAUUCUGGAAAACAACUCGAUUCUGCUUUUUCUACACCGACAAAUGUGGUGCUCAGACUGUGUGAGGAUUUACUAGGAAAGGGCUAUUCUGUAUUUGUAGACAAUUGGUACACAAGUUUGGAUUUGGCAGAAAAGUUAAUUGACAAUGAGACACAUCUUAUUGGUACUCUACGCAAAAACAGAAAGUACUUACCGAAAUACGUGAUGGAAGCCCAAUUAAAGCCUGGUGAGUUUGCAGCCAAAGAAAACAGUAAGGGAAUUACAGUUAUGAAAUGGAGGGACAAACGUGAAGUUUGUCUACUGUCAACUAAACACUCUAUAGGAUUUAUAAAAACUAAAAAUAAGAGAGGAAUAGAGGUGAUUAAGCCGAAGAUAAUUAUGGAUUAUAAUAAAGCUAAGGCAGCAGUAGACCUCUCGGAUCAAAUGACAGCGUAUUCUUCUCCGCUUCGAAAGUCUAUCAAGUGGUACAAGAAGUUGGCCUUAGAACUGCUUCUAAACACAGCUGUAGUAAAUGCUCGGGUUUUAUAUGAAGCUACAACAAAAAAGAAGAUACCUAUUAUUGAAUUUAGACGAAAACUGUCACAACAAAUGAUUGACUCAAACCCACGUGAUGGAGCUAACAUUUCAUGUAGGCCAAAGAGAAUAAAACAUUCUCUUGUAAAAGCAGACGGAAAGGCUGCGACGUCAAGAAAAUUUUGUGUAGGUUGUUACAAAAUUAAUUCACAAACGCAUGGAAGAAAAAUUGCCAAAAACAAAACCAAAAAGGUUACGACAUUUUGUUCAGUUUGCCCAGACAAGCCAUAUUUGUGCAGAUUGUGUUUUGAUAAAAAACAUUAAUUUUCUGUUUGUUUUUUAAUUUUAAAUUACUUUGAUCUCAACACAAAAUAAUGUGUCUCUAAAUAACACUAGUCUUUGAUUUAUAAUAAUAAAAAUAUUUU